AUCUGAUACGAGCAAGUCGUGAUCUCUGCAGCCUGGAGAACUGCAGGACGACUAAGUGCAUGUUAAGGAAAUGGGCGUUUCUGGAGUUGGCUCCACAAAAAGGAGGAGAGGCGCAUCGUUGUUAACAUUUGCCUUCUGAACUUGGAGUAGUUUUGGUGCUGUCCUGCAGUAUGGCAUCCCUUCUGAUUUUUGUAACUCUACUUCAUCUCGUCAUAUUGGCGGUUCUCUUUAUCGCUACCAUGGAGAAGUUUUGGUGGGUUUGGGAUGAUACUGAGAGUUCAGACUUGUGGUACAACUGCAGAUUUGACAAUGAAACAGAGGGGUGGUUCUGUGCAACAUCAGAUGAGACUGAAUGGCUUCAGGCUGUCCAGGUUCUAAUGGUCCUGUCUGUGGUCUUCUCCGGUAUUUCAUUCCUUGUAUUCCUCGGGCAACUCUUCACUAUGUCUAAAGGCGGACUCUUCUACCUCACUGGUGUCUGCCAGGUGUUUGCAGGCCUCAACGACUUCACUGCCUCACUUAUUUACACUCUGCACUAUAAAGAAAUCCUAAAGGACUCCAGGGAGUUGAGCUCAGGACACUUUGGGUUCUGUUUUGUUCUGGCCUGGGUUUGUGUACCUCUGCUUCUGUGCAGUGGAAUUGUGUACAUCUAUUUGCGCAAAAGGGAAUAGAUUGACUUGCUUUCCAAUCCCUGAAAAACAUGUAAUGAAAAGAAUGCUUGUUGUUGACAUACUCCAGUGAGUGAUUAUGAACUUUGUAAUAGCCUCAUGUAAGAAAUAAGAUAUUUAAUUUUCACUUAUUUAGACUGUAAAUAGCCGUUUAUAAAUACGCACAUGCAGCUGAAAUAUAUACUCAACACAGAUCACGCGGCUGAUCAAGAAAACUUGUUUAACUUAAAGGGCAACCAUAAUUAAUAUAUUGGAUUCUCUGAAUUAAAUUUAAUGUAAUAAAAGGGGCCAUAUAAAAUCUUGUUAUACUCAACUCCCACUCAAAUACAUUACAGUGACAUUCAUGUAAAAUUGUAAAGAUGUUGUAUUUUUAUAAAUGAAGUUGAACUGAAUCAAAGUUCUCCCCAGUCAGACAAAUGCCUGCAAAUACAUAACUUCGGAACACUCUAGAGGACUAAACCACAACAAACAGCGGUAUGAAUAGAGGAGGACCGCCACUCUACAGAUUCUGGGAGUGCAUGACAAACUCAUGACUUCUGUUUCUAUGCUAAUAGCUCCCAUAAUGCUGUCUAGCACCAUCUUAUGACUCUCAGCUUUCAAAAACAAACAGCCUGACACGCAAAAGAAUGAAAAAAAAAAACGGCCCAAAGGAUAGCAUCCAGUAAAUACCCGAUGGUCUUGCACUCACAAAGUUUAAAGGGAUAGUUAACUUAAAAAUGAGUAGUUUUACAGUUUACUCAUCCUCAUGUCAGACUUGUAUGAAUUUUUUCUUCUGUGACUUCUGCAGAACACAGAAGAUAUUUAGAAAGAAUGCCAACAAUGGCUCUCAUUGACUUCCACAGUUUGACACUAAACCACAAAGACAUUUUUCAAAAUAUCGUCUUUUGUUUCACAGAAGAAUGAGGCAGACACCUUUUGACAUGAC